UCUGACGUUUCACAUUUUCGAAAGAAAUUUUUGAUUUACUGUGCACUGUGGUUGUCCGUUGUUAAUUGAUAUUGAAACUGCGGCAUUGACAAAACAGAAGUUGUGUUUCGUACUGUGGGUCCAGUGAUACAAAAACAUAACAAUAUGAGUCAACGGAGUCGAAGAAGAAACUUUAAUGCUAGCUCUCAGAGCCAAAUGAAUGCAUCAUCAAGCAGUGGAGGAAGUGUUUCGUUGGGUACACCCGAGGAGUCUGAAGACUACGAUCAAUACACAGUUAUGACCGUGAAAUUCAUUCUCAAUCAUCUUGCCGCAAGAUUACCAAUAAAAAGAGCUGAUCUGGUGAAAGAAUGCUGCAAUGGAAGCAGUAAAAUUUUUAUGAUAAUUCAGCCGGCUGUCCAGAAUCGUUUGAAAUCGAUUUAUGGAAUCAUUUUGCACGAACUAACGUCUGUCAAAAGUGGUGGCAAACAGUACAUCUGUUUUGAGAAGAAUCCGGCCGUUUCUAUGAUAAAAAUGCGAAAAUGUGAACGACAAAAUCAAACUUUGUUGCUGAUUAUAUUGUCGUACAUAUUUACCAAAGGUGAAUCAGUCAGCGAAGGUGUGAUGAAAAAAUUUCUGGAACGUCUUGACAUAGACAUGGACAAAGAACAUGAAUGGUUCGGUGACGUCAAAAAGUGUUUGGAAACAUUUCGAAAACAACUGUACCUGAAACGAGAAAAGAUGCAGUCGGAGGCAACGAGCGAGGAAAAGAUAUCCAUCGAAUGGGGUGAACGAGCGCUGAUGGAGUUCGAUAAGAAGACUAUGCUAAUUAAUAUUGCCGAGGUAUUUCACAAGCCGACAUUGUACUUCAAGAAGCAGCACAUGGAGCUGAUGAUUGAUGAUGAUAAUAUGGAAGUUGAUUCUUCACAGAUAUAGAGCAUCAUAUUCCAUUGGCACACAUCUUGUUGGAAUAAAUUUUCAUUGUUCCACUAAA